AUGCCUGCACGACCAAUGACACAUAUCCUUCGCCCGCGCUGCCUUUUGCGCCAGACGCAAAACAUCCGAGGCUUCUCUACCCGGGGCAGUCUCCGUGCCGCCGACCAUGGCAGUCACUGGGAUCCCCCAACCGGCUACCUCUUCGGUGUGAAGCCCGGUCAGAAAUACGUGAAGGAGGGCUGGGAGAACAUUUGGUACUACGGAUUUAUUGGAAGUCUCGUUCUCACUGGUGUUGCAUAUGUUUUCAAGCCUGAUACCUCGAUACAAACUUGGGCUCUUGAGGAAGCACGCCGGAGACUGGAAGCUGAGGGUAUCCUAGAGGAUUCUCAGGCUAAGAAAUAA